AUGGACAACCUGUGCAAAUAAUAUUUAAUAUUCAAGGAAAUAGAUCAGAUUAAUUUAUAAGAGUAUUGUUUCUACUCCUUGGAUAAAGAUAAGCAUUUAUCAUUUAUAUAUAUAUAUGACGGCUCAGCAAAAAUAGAAUGCACAGAAUUCGAAUUGAUUGAAUUAAAUACUCUAUCCUCAUAUAAACAAGAGUUUCUCACAAGUGUGACUCAGAAACUCAAAGAAAUGUUAUCAAAUAUACAACCUAAAGAUGAGUAAGAGAUAUUAUGUAGUCUUUCAUUAGAUUAGAUAUUUGUACAUAGAAUGAGUGAAGAAAUCAUAAUUCCUAAGUAUAUUAUGAAACAACUUAAGAGAUCUAAGUACAGAGAUAAUCAUAUAAUGAUAAAUAUUAAUGAUUUUUAUUCUACAAACAAAUAAAAUGUAAAAACCAUGAGAAAAAUCAUGAAAAAUAAAUUAGAUUUGAAUGACGAAGUUAGCGACUAGAUAAAAUAAUUAUUUGAAACAUUCUUUUAAGUGUCUAUUGAGAAUAUUCAACGAAUAUCUAUAAAAAAAUAAGAAAUAUAUAAUAAAUAUGAUAUUCAGAAGCCAGACAAAUAAGAUUGUUAUACUACUUUAAAAUCAUUUCAUUAGACUCAUUUAGUAAAUAAAAAGAAAUUACCUGAAGAAGACAUUUAAUAAAUUGAGGAUUUUUUUCUUAACAAAUUACUUGUAGAAGGAAAGUAAAUUGAUAAAUAAUGUAUAGAAAUACAAAAUUAUCAAUAAAAAAAUCAAUCUGGGCUUAGAUUAACUGCCACUUAGAUUCAUUCCAUAUGCUAAUAAGAGAGUUAUCAAAAAAAGAGUUAACCCUCAAUUAGUGCCUAAAAGCAUGGCGAAGAACAUGAAAAAAUAGCUUUAAAUGAAUAUGCUAAUUAGCAUCCUGAUAUUGAACUAAAAUAAACAGAUGUUCUAUUUAACAUAUCCUAUCCAUACUUAUGUGGAAAGCCUGAUGCUUUAGUUUAUGAUCUGAGUAAUAAUUUAAUAGGGUUGUUAGAAGUGAAGUCUCCCUUUAUAAAGAAGGAACUUAAUAUGAAUCAAGAUGAGAAUUUCUUAUUAGAUUAUAUAGUCAUGGAUCAGAACAAUGUUCAUUAAUUGAAAAGGAAUCAUUAAUAUUAUUAUUAAGUGUAAGUAUAUUUGCUGAUUACUGAAUUAUGUUGGUGUGAUUUUAUUGUGUCUACACUCCGAGGUAAUAGGGUAAUUAGGGUGUUGAGAGAUGAGAUUUGCAUGAAACAGAUAAUAAGGAAAUCGGAGCUUUAUCAUUUUACUUAGAUAUUACCCCGUUAUUGCUAAUUGCAGAAGAAAUAAUUAGAGGAAGAGGAUCUGGAAGCAAUAAGGAACAAAAAAGUGUUUAAUUCAUAUUGA